AUGCGGCUCUUCAUCUUGCUUUCGUGUCUUCUCGCGUGGGUCCUCGCAGCGCCAUACAUCGAUCAAGAGGAUGCGCUUCGCGUUUUGAACGCGUACCUAGAGCAAUUCGGACCGGCGGCCGAGAAGGUCUACUAUGUUGCUGAGGAUGAUCAUGGAUCGAUAAAACGAGGCCUCGGUCCGCGCCCUCUUCGCUUCGGAUAA